AUGUCCUCAAUACCAACUUCGUCGAAUGAAAGUAAUGCAAAUCAAUCGGCUUCAAAUAUUUCAACUAAUAACCAACAACAGGGACAAAUACUACAACAGCGUCACCUUCAACAACAACAACAACAACAGCGACUGGUUGACGGUUCUAGAAAUCCUGAACUGAUACCCUAUUAUCAACUGCAACAACAACAAUUGAAUAAUUAUCAACCACCACAAUCACAACCUCAAUUACAACAACCACAACUACAGCAACAACAACCACAAUCUCAACCACAGCUUCAAUCACAACAACUGCAAUUCAUAGAAGGUUCAUAUACAACUAAUCAAAUACAACGACCGCAAUUCCAGCAACAAUUCCAGCAACAAUAUCAACAGUAUCAGCAAGUUCCUCAACAGACUUAUGUUCAAUCACUGGAUGGUAUGGUCUUUUCACAACCCCCUAUACUGCAACAGCAGCAACAACAGCAACAACAACAGCAUCAAUAUUAUGUGUCACAACAUCAACCACAGCAUGAAUCUACAAAUUAUCAAUAUUCUCAAUCUAAUGCAACUCCAAAUAUCAAUCAGCAAUCUUCACUAGCUGAAUCUAAUAAUUUCCAGACUUCUCCUCCAAGAAGCGUAGCAAAUCAAUCUCAAUCAAUCCAAAUACAACAACAACAACAACAACAAGUCCCACACGUAUCUGGUGGAAGCGGAACUCCGCCCAAUGUACAAUCUAUUUCAUCGAAUUUAAAUCAAUCUGGGGGUGCAGGGGCUUCACAACCAUCAUUAGUAACCUACAUUCAAGGGGUUUACCCCCCUGUGUCUCAGCCAUCUGGAGGAUUUGCGAAUAAUAAUCCUAACACGACCGAAACUUUAGCUGGAGCUGGUCCAACUUCAAAUACUGGUAGCUCCGGAGCUACCAAUAUAACCAAUUCAUCUGAAUCUUACAAUUAUUUAAAUUCAUCGUUACCUCCGGUUAAUAGUUAUGGUUAUCCUUUUGUUAACCAGGCAUUAUCAUAUAAUCUUACACCUCAACAACAGCAACAAUUACAAUUACAACAACAACAACAGCUGCAACAACAACUUUAUGAUGGUCAACUGUCGGCUCCAGGUCAAGGUCAAUAUGUUACUAAUUAUAAUCAAGUCAUGGCUGGUAGACAGCAAUCAACUAAUUUAGUGGGAUCAUCGGGAUCAGCAUUUAUGAAUAUGCCACCACCAUCAUCAAUGCCAAUAAAAAAGCCCCGUAAGAGAAGACAUACUGCUACUGUUCCUGAUAUGACACCUGAAACUGCUGAAAGAAAUAGAUGUCGUAUUUGUAAUAAACAAUUUAAACGUCCUUCCAGUCUUCAAACUCAUUAUUAUAGUCAUACAGGUGAAAAAAUUUUCAAGUGUCCUUGGCCAGAUUGUGGGAAAUUAUUUAGUGUUAAAUCCAAUAUGACCAGGCAUUAUAGAUUGCAUGAAAGAGAUAUGAAAAAGGAACGUCAAUUAAGAGAUAAUGAACCAUCACAAGAUGGCUUUUCACUGUCUUCAAGUUCACUUGGUGGAGGUGGUGUUUCUAAUAAUAAUUUAGCUGGUAUUGGAGAUCCCAAUUCUGGCUUACCUUGA